CCCCUUCUCUCUGCAGCUGUGGUCUGCUGAGCGUCACCUCCACACAGCAAGUGCCUUUACUUGAGCAGAAGAGGGAGAAGGCAGAGGAGGGGAGCUCUAAGAGAGAGAGAGAGAGAAAUCUCAGGAGUGUGUCUGAACGCACCAAAGGAGCAUCUCUCUGACUUCGCAGAGAGGACUGAGAGGCGCACAGAGACAGACGGGCAGAGGCAAGCGGCGGUGGAGUAUCACAGCGCUGGUGGUGCUGGCAGAGCGAGCUGAGAGGAGACAGGGGAAUCCACUGGUGCUGUUGAUCCUGGUGUCCCUGGCAAAAAAGCUGCUUGAGCAGGAAACAGAAAAACAGCGCAGCAUCCAGGAUCUCGCCAGGGGGGCAGCAUUUUACAGCGACAACGAAGCGUGGACACAGCUGAAACCUGCACACGCACACAGACACACACACACACACACACACACACACACACACACACACACACACACAGGAACACACACAUGCAAACAGCUGAGCGGGCGAAGGACAGUGAGACACACGCUGCAUUUCAAAGAUCCACUACAAUCCAGCAGACACAAAAUGUUUCAGCUUCUUGUCCAUGGAUGGAGGAUGAUGAAGGAGAAAACUUCUGGGGAGGAAAUUCUCUUUUAAGAAGGACUUACUGCAGAGAUUUUUUCCCCUAACUUUAACACUUUUUCCUUUUUUGGAGUUGGGCCUUUAAACCCUCUUUCUAAGCACAACACAAAAUCACCUCUGUUCUUAGUUGCAGAAAUUGAGCGCUGUCUUGGUGACCAUUAAGAUGCCUCCUACUGAUUCAGUCUGAGCAGUAAGUGGAUUAUGACGGCAAUAUUUUGGGAUUUGUCUUUCACUUAAGAAAAACAAGAAAGGAAAAAAAAAAAAACAUCCUAUUCAUGACUGGUGGAUUUAUGUCUGUCAGAGGAGGAGAGGAUCCCCAGCAUUUUCUCCUCUCUUCUCCUGUGGAUUACAGAUGGGCUUUGUGAUCUCCCAGUGCAGUCUCAUGGAUGAUCGCUCGCUGCCAGUCAUUAGGAUAAAGUACAAAGAGGGACACAAAAAUUGUAACUCAGUGAUUGAACCUUUGUGUUCAAGGAAAGAUUGUAAAAGGUGGCUUGGGCACAAGCGGAGAUUGAUUGAAGUGAUCUGUGUGAAUCCUAUUAAUGCAUCCUGGAUUCUGGCCAAGACAGAAGCAAUGGAGGGGAACACCGCUGUCUAGCAGCACUAUCUGAUCUGCCUCCUCACUGGACAAACUGAGGACCCUCUGCACUCCCUCUUCAACAGCACUCCUCCUCCUCCUCCUCUUCCUCUUAUCCAGGCAAGGAUGGUACCCCCACCCCCCACCAACAAGCCCCACGUGUGCCUGUCCACCAUCCUGAUCAUGAGCAGCAUGGCACUGAUUGAUGCCUACCUGGUGGAGCAGAACCACGGGCCACGCAAGAUUGGCAUCUGCAUCAUGGUGAUGGUGGGAGACAUCUGCUUCCUAAUCGUGUUGCGAUACGUGGCAGUGUGGGUGGGGGCUGAGGUUCGCACGGCCAAGCGAGGCUACGCCAUGAUCCUCUGGUUCCUUUACAUCUUCGUGCUGGAGAUCAAGGUCUACUUUGUGUAUCAAAACUACAAAGCGGACAGGAAGAGCUUGGACGCUCUCGCGAGGAAAGCCUUGACGUUGCUGCUGUCCGUUUGCAUCCCCGUGCUGUUUGUGGUGCUGGUGGCCAUCGACCACAUGGAGUACGUCCGCGCCUUCAAGAAGCGCGAGGAGAUCCGGAAUCGUCUCUUCUGGGUGGUGGUGGAUUUGCUGGACAUACUGGACAUCCAAGCAAACCUGUGGGAGCCUCAGAAGAAAGGGCUCCCUCUGUGGGCUGAGGGACUCAUGUUCUUCUACUGCUACAUCCUGCUGCUCGUGCUGCCCUGCGUGUCCUUGAGCGAGAUCAGCAUGCAGGGCAUCAACAUCGUGCCACACAAGAUGCUCCUGUACCCCAUCCUCAGCCUGGUGACCAUCAACAUCAUCACGCUCUUCAUCCGCGGUGGGAACAUGAUUCUAUACAGGGACGCCAGGGUGUCUGGGAUCUUGAUAGGAAAGAACGUCCUGGCCAUCAUCCUAAAGACCUGCAGCUUUGUCCAGUACAGGAGACAGUUGCAGAAUGCUCCUCCUGCCUUCGGGGUCGAGCUACAGAAGAACUCAGUGGCUCACGCCCGCCCUGCCCCCACCCCACCUCAAGUGGUCAUGCAGGACCAGACGCCCCUCCCUGAGGUGACGACGUGCGAGCACACAUGACAGAACGGUGGGGUGAAUCCUGGAAAUGUCAAUAUGAGUAUAUACGACCCUCAGGACGCUGGCAGGGCACGGUGUUCUGCACCUUUUCGGGCGUGUGAGCACUCGUGAACACACUGGAGAUGCUUAAUGGCACACAGGACACUGCAGACGCUUAUGUGAGGAUAGAGCAGUGCUGUAUCCAAAGCCGUCAUGGUGCAAAAUACAACAUUACUUGUGACUCUGUUAAAGGAUUUUCUCCCAGUGAAUCCAGUUAACUGUGUAUUUUUUCUAACUGUAUGGAAAAAAAGGCAACUACUGCAAGAUUAGAGGAUAUAUUUUUGAAUUGUGUGUGUUGUAUUCUAAUCUUAAAUUUAAGGGUCUGUGUGCUGUGGUGUGUAUUUCUGUUGCUCGAAUGUUCUUAGUAGUCGAGGGCUUUAACACGUCAAAGUCAGAUGGAGCCACCACUGAGGACAAAAAUAACAGUUAAAGCUUUCUCUUGAAAGAAGUGUGUUUUUAUAUGUGAUUCUUUGAUAAAGUAUUGUGUACAAGAUAAAGGCUUUCCUGCUCUCUCACUCGCUGUACAGGGGGUUUUAGUUUAAAGUUAUUGAGUAUAUUUCACUUUUUAAUUAAAAUUCAGCAAAUGUCCUUUAAUUAACUUGAGUUAUUAAGGAAAAGAGAGAAUGAUUUUCUUUUUCUAAGGUCUGGUUCAAUCUUCAAUUAGAGACUUCUUAAUUGCUGAAGUGGUGCCUUUGCGAUGUCGUUCAUCUUGAGUGUGAUCGUUACAUUCCAGGCUGCUUAUUUGGAGCGAGGAGGGGAACAUCUGAAAUAAAUUCUGUUGUGAACAGUUUGAUCACUGCAUAGGUUGACUUUGGUGCCGUAGACGCGGGAUAAAAUACACAGCCAAGGGGCACACACCGCAGAUGGAUAAAUGAUUCCCAAAUAAGAAAACCUGUUUAAUAUCCUCCUCAGGCACACAGUGACGAUCUGUUCUCAUGCUUAGUGGCAGCAGCAGUUGUAAGCACUGUCAUUUUGUUCCUCACACAAAAGGACAAAAUGGAUACUUUGGUCUAGUGAUGUGAAUCCACAGUACAGCCAAGAAAACAUCAUGUCUUCUUAAUAUGACAAAUCUCUUUCUGUCUCGAGCUUUCCUCUCUCUUUCUCCCUCACUACCAGUUGAGCCAGAGCUGGAGUUUGAUUCAUAUUUAAAUAUUUUCCUAAAAAGAUACUCAAAAGCAAGCCAUUGCUAACACGGUCAAACAUGUGAAAUGGAACAAUAAGGCCAGGUGAUAUUGUACUAUACAGUGCAGAAAAACAAAAAUUACUGCCACAGAAAAAAAAUAGGUCUGUCCUUGUACACUUUUUUGCAUAAUCUUUCUCUCACCACUGACUACAUGCAUAAUCUGAAGCACACUGUUUGUUAAAGCCCUCAGAGUGCAGGAGCUGGUCCAACAUUUUCAUCUAUGCAAGGCUCAGCAACAGUAAGGUGGCAACAUUCAGUGGCACAAACCAGGCUAUCACAUUAAGAUUGCUGUAGCCAGCAUUAUUUGUCUGUGUUGUUGGCUUGUAAAGUUACAGCAUCAGCAAUUUAGGCACUAUAAUACACUAUUGGAUUGCAUUGUUUUUACAGAAUCGUAGCAAUGAAAGCUGAACAUUUGUCCUUUAAAGCUAUAACAGUGUACUAAACAAUGAGGAAACGCUGAAACUGGCAGCCUUACAGCUUCGGUUAUAUGGGUGACAAUGUAAGGACUGACAAAACCAACGUCAUUCUAGUGUGCUAUAGGAACAAUAGAAAAAAGUUCGCAGAGUCUGCAAACAAUACUGUACAAAAUAUGGCACUACAAUCAGUAUAUAGUGGAUUUAGUGUUGAUAAUCCUUCCCAAAUCUGUUCUCCAUCUUCACAUCUUAAAACAUUCUGUGUGUACAAAUAACUAAAAUGCUUAAAUGUCUGAAGGCUUUCAGGGAUCCCAAAAGGCCAUUCUCAAUUUUUAAAAAAGAAAUAUCUUCACUUCAUGAAGCAGAAACUACAAAAGGCACUUCAUUGAUCAUAUUUCUGAAGUUUCUGGUAAAAAAUGAAAAAAAUGGAAAUGAGAAGAUGGCAUCUCUAAUUUCCUUUCAUCCAGAAACACCGUGUUUAUUUAUAACUGUUGCUGCCUAAUUACAAAGUACAUUCGCAGGUUCUCAUUCAGGAUCCAAAAAGCCUUCACUUUGUAGCAUGCAGCAACAGGCAGAAAAACAGCCGGGAGAAGUCAGGAGUCCAUUGGAGAUCUAAAUCACACAUACACACACUCAUCCAUGUUGCACAACCUCCAGUUCAUGUGACCUGUGCGUUAUUUGACUGUGUGAGGACAAAGCAGCAUCGACGGGAAACAGCUAAACACGCUGUGCAGGAGAACAUUAUGCAAACUAAUGCUAACAUUCAAACCUUUGUGAACCUCAUUGACAGCCUGUAAAACACUCUAAACUCUCAUUCCCUCCAGCCAAACACCAUGUGCAAUUUAAAUAUUGCGUGUUCAGCACAGUUAUGCUACUUUACACAAGUGCACUGUUGAGCACACGGUUUUGGGAUCUGAAAUGACGCAUUUCCUUGAUGGUAGGUUGCCAUGAGUACCACCAGAUGAUGUACUACAGACACACAGAUGGCUGAAGAAGUGAUGACAGGCUCAUUUUGGCUCACUCCAAAAGCCUUUACGUGCUUAUAGAAUUUAGUGUGUUAAAUCAAACAUUAGCUAUGAGGCGCUGCACUGUAUCAGUUCCCCUUUUAUGAUUAUAUCUAAUAGUUACAUAUUAGAUAAACUAUAAAACCUUCUUAAAAUCUGCUUCUGCUUAAAGAUACCCUCCUGUGAAAAUCUAAUUAUUUACCUUGUUAACAUGUCCAUAUGGUGUUUUUAUUUGCUGGAAGAUGCAUCAUGAAUGAAAUAAGCAGUCAGCACUAUGGCUGCAGUGUUCUGAGGCUUCCAGGUUUUUUAUGUGUAAAAACGUGGACAAAGUGGAGCUUUUCUGUAUCAUUAUUCUUCUUCAGAAUCAGUUCGCAGUUUCAACAUGUACGGCUCUAUUUCCCCAUUAUUACAACUUGCCAUUGUUUAUCAUUUUCAUCGAGUAGUUUUACAGUGUUUGAGAUGAGUCAUAGGUGAGCUGUUGUGCUAGAGGAAGCAUUGAAGUAACGAUACAUCGAACCCAUUUUCAGACAGAAAGUAAAGCCCUGCAUCGGACUGUUUUCUUAAUUCCACUUCCACAUCUAACACAUCCGCUCCUGACUGCUUCUGCAAACAUUCACAUCUGCAUAAUACAGAGUUCCACUGAUUUUGUGUCCCAUAGAGAAAACACUUGAUUUUACUGCGUAAUAUUAAUAAAGAGAUGCAAACUUAUUGGGAAUAUUGCAGUCAAAUUGAAAUUGCAUUCAUAAGACAUGAUAUUCAUAUUUUGUUGCAGUUGGAAAGUAAGUACAUAGUUCAUACAUCAGUAGAUUCUUGCUUAAAAUUUGCAUGAACAAAUAAUUCAUGUUUAAAGGAGAGCUUACUUUAACUGGAGAGAAUGGAGCAGGUGAUGCCUCAGUCUAAAGGUAUCUGUUGUAAAUCAAUGCUUAUCAUACUAAAUGUAUCACCACCAAGUCCAGGUCUCUUUCAUGUCUGUCUGGAACAACAAGGAAAUAUAUCCACAUGUCAGAUUUGCCUUGUUUUGUUUUUUGCAUUAUAAAAACCCACUUAAAAUCUUCUUUUUGACUCCAUUCUUGUGGUUGCGGUUAAAUUCUUGGACCUACAGUUGAUUUUUUGACUGCCUGCUCCUGCCUGCAGCAAAAUCAAAAACCACCUACUCUUGGGAGAUUUGCAUCAGAUCCUGCAGGACUCACUGGAUCCCGAUCCAAUACCCUUCUCUACUACAAAAGAAUUGUUUUCAUGGAAAAUUACAUCGAAAUAGGAAACUUUAAAACACAGAGAUGACUUUAUAGGAGUGAAAUCAAUGACCUGUGAGAAAUUUUAAAAUCAACAAAACACUUGAUAUCAUUUACACAACACUAGUGUUCAUGUCUGUGUGCUUCUAUUAUGUAAAAGUCGUUAUAAAAACAAAAGAUUACCUACACUUUGUAAGCUACAAGUGUCCCUUUGGGCACUCGCCCAACCUAAUCAACCCAACCACCUCACUGCACAUCACCCUUCUCGCCCUGCCAGAUCCUGAAUGAAUGUUGCAUUCAUCCACAUGACCAUGCUUUUUUGUUUUUUUCUUUUUCCUUUGCACUUGCAAAUGUUAAUAAACUGGGAAGGCUGCACCUCCACACUUACCACAUUAACACUGACAAAGCGCCCUCUGCCAAGCAAGCAAGACAAACGGAUGCAGUAAAUUUACAGCUCGACCUUCGGCAGUCUUGGAUGGCAACAGAGUCGGGUAACAAAUGUCUUUUUCAUGGAAGGCAUGUUAGAGCACAAGGAGAACAAACCAGCGCAGAAAAUUAAUGCUCAUCAAGUAUUGAUUUGCCUGUCUGGAGGGUAACUGAUAUUAUGUUUUAAAAGACCACUUUCUUAAAACAAAUAACAGUUUUUUAAGCUGCAGCUGAGGGAUGUAUGUGAUGCUGCUGCACUGUGUUUAUUUAAAGCUUCUGUGUAAUUCUCUAACUUAAAACUCUGUGUAUCUUCCAGACGGUGAUGCAGUCAGUUCACGUGAUUAUGGCAGUUUUAAUCUAAAAUUUAGAUGCUGUGCACACGUGCAAAGAAAGGUCAUAAAGUUUCUUUGCAGAGUUCUAGCUCCCUCUAAUUCCUCCUAAACAUAGUGUGUAUAUUUAUGUAUAUACAUUUUCCUAGCAUGUGUACAUAAGCUCGGGGCAAAAUCCUUGAACAGUUUUGCUGAACAGCCGCAAUUAUCUGUUCCUCAGUCAAAACACUUGUGCGACUUAUCUUUUUUUCAGCGCACUCAAUCACCAAAUUACAGCCAGUGUAAUUGCGAAACUGCUUCCUCACACAUCCCUUCAGACACGCAUGCAUGCAUUUUACAAGGGGAGAGCCAAGUGCAAAGCUGCUAUUCGUGACGCCCCUGCAACGGGGAAGGUUUCACUAUCUUGCUCAUGCACAGUUCAGAGAGGAUUAACGACAGCUGUGAAGUGUGAACCCGAUGGAGGAUCAAGCCUGUGACUCGCAGCUAUUGCAUGAUCUUUCUAAUAAUCAGGUCACUCUGCUGGACUGCCUGCAACUUUCAGUCGACCCAACAGGGAACCCAGGUGUCGAAAAUGAGAGCCGGUUGCUCGGAGCUCUGUGAAGUGCUGAAUGUAAAUGUGAAUUAUGGAGAGGUGUUUCAAUAUUUAAACUUGUUGGCAGUUCCUUGAGAUUUAUCAUUUAAAUCCAAGCAAUUCUGCAAGUUUCCUCUCAGGUGUUGUUGACCUAUAAAAGAUUCAGAUGGUUUAUCAUUCUCACUGUUGCUUACAGGGCUUUUUCUUAGGCAACCAUUUAUAUGUAAAGGUUUUACAUCUAAAGAAUAUUUGCUCUGUGUAAUACACAUUGUUAAAGGAGAGAAAAACGGAGCACUACACAAAUACAUAACUGUGAUUUCAUUCAUAAUAGAAAGCUUUUCUCGUUCACCUUGACUAAAGAGGAGAAUGCAGUGCACCAUAACACUGAAGAGGUUUUUUUUCAAUACCUUGUUUACCCCAGUGCUUUGUUAAAGCUACAGAAUCAAACAUCUCACCUUGUGGCACGAACCAUAUUGUCAGUUUCACCCCUCUGCAGUUGGUAAAGUCCGUUCUGUCAAUCAUUUUGAUAAGCUGUCUACCUUGAAACAGCAUCUAGCCCAAGGCUGAGGAGAAUGGCUUCAAAAAAGUCACCACAGGCAUUAAUGAAACAGAUGGUGAAUGCAGGCAAGUUUUAAGAGUAGCAGCAAUGAUUUACCUCUGUCGACCAUUGUUGCUGUGACCUCUCUGUGCUACAUGGCCACAAAGCAGCCCACGGCAAAUGGAUUUCAACACAAUAUGCCUGAGGUUUAUUGAAAAGGUUGUUUCAGGCAGUGAGGUUAGCUGAGACUGUAGUUAGCAUAUGACAUGUGGUGUCCCAUGCCAUUUUAAUGGAUAUCAACAAUGUUUUCCUCAUAUUUGCAAUAUGCUAGUAGUUCUUACUUGAUAAUAUUUAAUACUGUGGUAAUAUCAGUGUUACAGGGAUUUUAUUUCUUGUGAUGCAAAUCAGGCAUCAUGUUUUUUCCACAGUCCAUCACUGGAAUGACAGUGGCUCCAACCAGGCAGUUAUGACUAAGCAUUUAUUAUUGGUUUCGAGCAGUUGUGUCCUGAAUAACUGAAUGGAGCCACACUGAAGAGGUGGAUUAUCCCUAACAAUAAAUGUUUCCAAGAACUGA